CAUGGAAACGUGUGGUGCAUCGAGCCAUCCGGUCGAACCUCCUGGCGUCUGGUUGUCCCCGAGAACUCGUGUAUGCUGGUGAAGGUUUCGUGGUACGUCAACAGGCUCAUGGAAAGGUGGAUAGUCGGCUCUGCCCCCGAGGGGUUCAGGGGUCCCAUCAAUUCCUUGCUCCAAGUUCCGCCUAAGGAGGUCCCGCCCUCACCGACGUUCAUCGAACAACCUAGUCGAGUGUAGUUUCAUGGCAACUUCGGGGUCAGAAGGGAUCGCCAUUGAUACAUCCCUUUUCUUCGCCCCCCUUCACGUGGAGUGCCGGCCUUUUGAUAGAAAAAACGUGAGGGCGAUAGAUGUUUCACGCCCGAUGUGUACGCGUCAACACCGGUCGGUGCCGUUGCUUCAACUCCGUCAUGGUUUGUUGUUUCUCAAGUAUCUUGCUAUUCCUGCGUUUUCCCCUCGUCCGGCAGUUGACGUACUCCAACAACUGCUGAUUUUCUUUUUCAACGAACCACUGCUGAAUCAAACUUUAAAGAUGUGCCGGGGGUGAGGUUGCUGGGAAACCUUGGUCCGAUUCGA